AUUCAGAGUGGGGAUAACUAUAAAAGUUCCACUUGAAGAAAUUCGUUUUAGUGUCUCUUUUAACUCGUGUUAACUGGCAUUCAAACAAUUGACUCUCAAUCAUGUCGUCCGACGAUGAUCAGAAAAUGGCGGUUAUCCGCAAGGCCUUCCAGAUGUUUGACACCACUAAAACGGGGUUCAUCGAGACGGUCAAAAUUGCCACCAUCUUGAACACCAUGGGUCAGUUGUUUGAUGAAGAAGAACUGAACAGCUUGAUCAGGAAAAACGAUCCUGACCAUUCUGGAAAAAUCAACUUUGACGGAUUCGCCGAAAUUGCCUCUCACUUCCUUGAGGAAGACGACGACGCCAACACUCAGCAAGAACUCAAAGAAGCUUUCAGAUUGUACGACAGGGAAGGAAAUGGAUACAUCACAACCGGAACAUUGAAGGAAAUCUUGGCUGCUCUGGAUGACAAUCUUAACAGCAGAGACUUGGAUGGAAUCAUCGCAGAAAUCGAUACUGACGGUUCUGGAACUGUUGACUUCGAUGGUAAAUUAUUUUCGACUCAUCCGACAUUAUAUUAAUCUCCUUAACAUACAGAACACUUUAAACAGUUUCUGGUUGUAAAGUUUUCAAGAAUUAGUAGAAUUUUCCAUCAUCUCUUGUUUUUGCAACAAGUUCAAGUUCUUUGUAACUGCACAAGACCUGAACCUGUAAGAACAAUUGUGGAUUAUUCAAAUUCAUCUCAGCUUCCAUGUCCAUUCGUUCACCAGAGUUUCCGAAAACAUUUAAUACAUUUUUUUGCACAUUUAAUAAAAUGAAAUUGAUGAGCUCGGUUGGUCUUGCAACUAAAUAUUGUUUGAAGUACUUGGACCAAUAGAAAAUACUUUUGUUGCAGAAUUCAUGGAGAUGAUGACUGGAGACUAAGAAGACUAUCCUGCCUUUAAAACGUUGUUAUUUAUUUAAAUGUGUACAUACUACUGAUGUAUUAUACCUACCAUAUUCCCUUGUUUUCUGCAAAAGACUACUAUUUAUAAGUUGUACAAUGGUGAACUGUUAACAAAAUAAUAAAAAGUCUCUACAAAA